AUGGACGCCUCGGGAUCCCUGGCGGCGAACGUCUCGGCCAUCAAUUCCGGCUGCCCAAUCGAGGCGCACCACGCGACCGCCUUCCGCGAUUCCACCCCAAUGAGCGUCGAGUCGGCGCUGGCCACGCCAACGAGCGGCGAGCUGGCGCGGGCCCCGCCAAUGGGCGCAGAGUCGGCGGGCGCCGGGCAGGCGAUGGCCGGGUCGCCGCGCUCGAAUCCGGCGCUGCGGCCGCUGUCCACGGCGCCCUCGCUCGCGCCGCGGGGGCUGAAGCGGCCGGCGGAGGCCGCGCAGGCGCUGCAGGCGCAGUCCAAAGUCCCCCUGCUCGCGAAGGCGGCGCCGGCUCAGGCAGCGCCCGGAGCGCCCUUGCCGCAGGCCAAGGCGUCCUCGUUCGCGCAAGGCAUGCUCAAGCGGCCAGCGCAGACGGCCCCCCAGCGCCGCGUCCUCGCCCCGAAGAAGGCCGGCGCGCCCGCCGCGAGCGCCGGCGCCGCCGCGGCCGUGCCGGCAGGGGCAGGCCUCGACGUGGAGCUCUUCGAGGCGGUCGCCGCGCUUCGCGGCAGCCGCUCCGCCCAGCCGGGC